CAUUUCUCCAUUUCCUAUAGACAUUAUGGCGCCAGCACCCACACCCUCCAGUAGCACCGCCAAGCCCCGACUACCCCCCAAAUCGGCAGCGGGCACCACCCCCGCGACGGGGCGAGUGACGCGUCUCCGUGCCGCCAAAGAAGCUUCCACCACCCCGUCAACACCAGCGGUCCCGAGACAACCAGGCCUUCUCGCCAUGGGGAAAGAAGGUUUGAGAAAGGUGUCGGGAAAGAAUGGACAGAAGGAGAAGCCUACACCUGCGCCCAGGACGAAACCUAACGCCGCUGCUUCCCAAGCACCCGCAGAAACGCUCAAGGCUUUUCUGAGGAUCCGCCCCCCUCCCGCCGCCGCUUCUGACGCUCGGCCAUACCUCGAAAUACAGUCCACUACCGAUGUUCUCAUGCGCGCUCCAAUCGAGAACUCUCGACACCACGUCCCCAAACCCCCUCACCUCUUCUCUUUCGACCAAGUCUUUCCCCCCGACACGCCCCAAUCCGACUUUUUCACGACUACCACUCUUCCUCUUGUCGACAAACUCUUGGCGGGCGAGAACGGACUCAUGUUCACGUAUGGUGUGAGCAACAGCGGCAAGUCGUAUACUAUCCAAGGGGGCAGUACGAUGGAGGCGGAGCAGAGGGGUGUUCUGCCACGGGCGAUAGAUGUGGUGUUCAACUCUAUCGAGGGUCUUGAGAGCUCAGCAAAGCUUCAAACCCAAGGCUUGGCCGAUGUGGUGUUCCGAGACAAUGACGAGUAUCUCAACAUCGUAGACCCUCUCGCCACUCAAGAGCCCAAGAUACCGGACACAAUCAAAGUGGAUCGUAACUUUUCAUACGCCAUCUUCGUCUCGUAUUCGGAGGUGUACAAUGAAAAGAUAUUUGAUCUCCUCGACUCUGUCCUCCCCACAUCUCCGGGCACCCCCACCCAACCACGCCCGCGUGCGACAUACGACAAGGCGCCUCGCGGGUCGCGUAUGCAAAGCUUCUCCGCCGUCAACUCGUCUUUUCACAUGGCAGCUAUGGCCAACGGGGGCGGGGGCGUCUUGAAGAGACAAGCUUUGGGUCUGAAGAAUGAUCCGGAGGGGAGCGGCAAGUACAUUGCGGGGCUUAAAGACGUGAGAGUCAGGACGCGCGAGGAAGCGUUGGCGGUCUUCCGUUCCGGCCAGAAUGCUCGACAAGUGUUUGGGACCCUCGCCAAUCGCGAAUCAAGCCGCAGUCACGGCAUCUUCACCAUCAAAGUCGUCCGCAUCCACAACGGCGCCCCUCUCGAUCCCGACUCUGCCCAAGUCUCUCGCCUCGCCAUUGUUGAUCUUGCCGGCUCGGAGCGAUACAAGAACACGCAUACGACAGGCGAUAGGCUGAAGGAAGCGGGCAACAUCAACAAGAGCUUGAUGGUGCUUGGGCAAUGUCUGGAGGUGUUGCGGGCGAACCAGCAGAAGCUCGCUGGACCUGGGCCGGCGGCGAAGAAGAGGAUUGCGGUGGUGCCGUUCAGGCAUUCGAAGCUCACGGAAAUCUUCCAAAACUUCUUUGUCGGCGAUGGUCGUGCUGUCAUUGUCAUAAACGUCAACCCCUACGACACCGGCUUCGACGAAAACUCCCACGUCAUGCGCUUCUCUGCCUCCGCCCGCGAGGUCCAAACGACUGCCCACAACAAGGUCGGACUCCCUCUCCUACGACGCCAGAUCAGUACCCAAUUCAACGCGCUUCGACAUGCUGUAUCGGCACCGAUGAAGAUCAAGGUCACGGUGCCAGUUAUUCCGAAGGACGAGGGCAGUAGAAGUGCGGGCGAGGGCGGCAAGGGUAAGGCGGCGAAAGAGGGAGAUGGGUGGGGGAAGAUGACGGCGGACAGGGAGAGUCAGGGCUUUGUCAUGGUUGAGGAAGAGCUGGAAGUGGAGGAGCAAGAUCCUGAAAGCGAGGUCGAGGAUGAGAAGGAUGCUCUGGUCGAAUACUUGUUUGAGCAAUUGCGGGAGAUGAAGACGAGACUGUACGAGUCCGAGAUGCGAUCGGCUGCGAUCGAGGUGGAAGUGAGAGAGGAAGUAGCGAGGGAGAUGCAAGAGUCGAUGCAGAGGAUGCACGAAGGCUUUACCCAGCGACUCAACGAACAUGCUCUCGCCAGCGAGCUCAAGGCGGACCGCAAGAUAGACAUUGUGAUGCGCUCCAUGACCCCCGCCGUCUCGCGCACUUAUCGAAACAUCCCUGAACACUCUCCAGCCGAUGUGACGAUGGAAGAGGAGGAAAGGAGCUUCGAGUCGGCCAUUGACGAAUCUCUUAUGGCAUCCGGAGACGAUUCCAUGGUUACCUCAAAUGCCGACCCUUUUCUCGUCAAAGCCCCAUCUAUCCCUAUCCCUACCGUCACUAUCUCGAGAGACUCGGUGCCGGCCCAUGCGCGAGAAGCUGGCACCACGGAUAAGGUGGAGAAUGAUGACCUUGUGGGGAGCGAGGAAGAGUAUGACGAGGAGGAAGGGUCGGAGGACGAAGGCGGCGAAGAGUCGGGUGAUGAAGGAGACGAUGUCGAUGAGGAUGAGGAGAGCGAGGAAGAGGAAGACGAGGAGGAGCUAGAGGAUGAGAAAGACGAUUCGGACGGCUCGGCAUUCACCAUCUCGGCGAACGAAGCUUCCGACGCUGAAAGCGACCAAGAGCUUUCCGCCCCUCGACAAAGUUCGGCCUCUCCUCGAAAAAGCAAACAAACACCAACGAAGAAGCGAGCUCCUUCAUCCUACCACGAGUCUAGCAGUACCCCUCAAAUUAUUACUCCCGGACCGCUGGCAGAAAGAGUCAGUCAACUGGAGCUUUCGGACGACGACGACGAUGAGGUAUCCGUGAAAUCGACAAAGAAGAAGAGGGCUUUGGGAAAGAAGAAGGUGGUAACAGAGGAUGAGAUGGAGAGGCACGAUUUGCGGAUCUCGGGGGCGGAGGUGAAGCGGAUGAUGAAGGCGUCGAAGUAAUGACCAGUCUUUUUGUACCGAAUAUGUCGACUUAUCUCUUUCUACGUGAUAUGUUCAAGUAUCUUUAUCUUUUACAGCUAUGCAAUCCACUCAUGUGAAG